CAAUCGGCGGCAGCGGGGAGGAUCGCAGAACCGAACCGCACAUAAACCUUCCGCCGCCGCCGCAAGUGCAUCGUCCGAUUCGCUUCAGUUCCCGUCUUCUCCUCCUCGCCUCCCGUCUCCUCUCCGGCCGGCCGACGUCCUCCCCUGCUUGCUGGUCACUCAGUAGAUUUUAGACUCAAGAUGGCGGUCGUUUUGUCAAAUGUCAACUCCGAGGCAGGCCUCCAAAAGCUGAACGACUAUCUCCUCACUCGCAGUUACAUAACCGGAUACCAAGCUUCAAAGGAUGACAUGGCCGUCUUCACUGCUUUGUCAUCGACUCCCCCAUCAAGCUAUGUCAAUGUUACAAGGUGGUACGACCAUAUCAGUGCUCUCCUAAGGUCCAGUGGAGUCACCGCCAAAGGUGAAGGUGUCAAGAUUGAGUCAUCUGCUUGUUCUGUGGCUUCAACUCCUGGAGUUACUGGCCAAAAGCCAUCGGCAGCUGAUGAAGAUGAUGAUGAUGAUGAUGUUGACCUAUUUGGUGAGGAGACUGAAGAGGAGCGUGCAGCUGCUGAAGCACGUGCUGCAGCUGUUAAAGCUUCUGGAAAGAAAAAAGAGUCUGGGAAGUCAUCAGUUCUUCUUGAUGUGAAGCCAUGGGACGAUGAAACUGACAUGCAAAAGCUUGAGGAAGCUGUUAGGAGCGUGAAGAUGGAAGGUCUGCUCUGGGGUGCAUCAAAACUUGUUCCAGUUGGAUAUGGCAUCAAGAAGAUGCAAAUUAUGAUGACCAUUGUGGAUGACCUUGUUUCUGUCGACAAUCUGAUUGAGGAUCAUCUCUGCACCGAGCCAGCAAAUGAGUACAUUCAGAGCUGCGAUAUUAUGGCCUUCAACAAAAUCUAAAACUGGAUCAUCAGGGAGACAGUUGAAUGGAGCGCCUUGUUAAAGUUCCAUUCCUGUCUGCGACGCUCAUCAUAUCAAUCACCAUUAUAUUUGUUUUGCCUUUGAACUUGUUUGCUGUAAAACUGACUGCAUUUGCCACAGAAAGAUGUUAGUUUGGAUGUUAUUUUUUGAAACUUAGCUGGAGUUUAUACCUUCAGUUCCUCCUUUUUAUGUUGUCCCGUCUGUUAUUUAUGUUUUGGAAGCGCAUCGGCAGUUUUAACUUGACA